AUUUGUAGAAUUAGAUUUUUAAUUUUAAUUACUAUUAGAAUUAGUUUUUUUAGUUCUAGUUUAGUAUUUUUGUUAAAUGAUUAUUCUUUAUUUUUAGAGUGAGAAGUUGUUAGUUUAAAUUCAACUAGAAUUGUAAUAACUUUUUUGUUCGAUUGAAUGAGAUUACUAUUUAUGUCUUUUGUUUUGUUAAUUGCUUCUUUAGUAAUUUAUUAUAGAAAGGAGUACAUGAGAGGAGAUAUAAAUAUUAACCGUUUUAUUAUAUUAGUUUUAAUAUUUGUGUUGUCUAUGAUGUUGUUAAUUAUUAGCCCUAAUUUAAUUAGAAUUUUGUUAGGGUGAGAUGGGUUAGGGUUGGUAUCUUACUGUUUGGUUAUUUAUUUUCAAAAUGUUAAGUCUUAUAAUGCUGGGAUACUUACUGCUUUGUCUAAUCGGAUUGGGGAUGUGGCCUUUUUAUUGGCUAUUGCUUGAAUGUUAAAUUAUGGAAGUUGAAAUUAUAUUUUUUAUUUGGAAAGUAUGAAGGAUAGCGUUGAAAUAGAAAUUAUUGGAGCAUUAGUUAUAUUGGCUGCUAUAACUAAAAGAGCUCAGAUUCCGUUUUCUUCUUGAUUACCUGCUGCUAUAGCAGCUCCUACCCCUGUAUCGGCUUUAGUCCAUUCUUCAACUCUAGUAACUGCUGGGGUUUAUCUAUUAAUCCGAUUUAAUAUUUUAUUAAGAGGUAGAUGGUUGGGUGAUUUAUUGUUGUUGCUUUCUGGACUAACUAUAUUUAUGGCAGGGCUAGGGGCUAAUUUUGAAUUUGAUUUAAAGAAAAUUAUUGCUCUUUCUACGUUAAGACAGUUGGGUCUUAUAAUAAGAAUUUUAUCUAUAGGAUUUUAUAAACUUGCUUUUUUUCAUUUAUUAACUCACGCUUUAUUUAAAGCAUUGUUAUUUAUGUGUGCCGGAGCCAUUAUUCAUAACAUAAAUAACUCUCAAGACAUUCGGUUGAUAGGGGGGUUAGGUGUAUAUAUACCCUUGACUUCUGGGUGUUUUAAUGUGGCUAAUUUAGCGUUGUGUGGGAUACCUUUUUUAGCUGGGUUUUAUUCUAAGGAUUUGAUUUUAGAAGUUGUUUCUUUAAGUUAUAUUAAUGUUUUUUCUUUUUUUCUUUAUUUUUUUUCUACUGGGCUAACUGUCUGUUAUUCUUUUCGACUGGUUUAUUAUUCUAUAACGGGGGAAUUAAACUGUGGUUCUUUAAAUAUACUAAGAGAUGAGGGUUGAGUUAUGUUGCGAGGAAUAAGCGGUCUAUUAAUUAUGAGAAUUGUGGGAGGUAGCAUAUUAAGAUGGUUAAUUUUUCCAACUCCCUAUAUGGUUUGUUUGCCUAGCCAUUUAAAAUUAUUGACUUUAUUUGUUUGUGUAGUAGGGGGAGUACUGGGGUAUUUAAUUUCUAAUGUUUCUUUAUUUUAUUUUAAUAAGUCUUUGCAUAAUUAUUUAGCUAGUUAUUUUUCUGGUUCUAUAUGAUUUAUGUCUUAUAUUUCAACUUACGGGAUUAUUAAUUAUCCUUUGGUGUUAGGGAUAAGAGUGUGUAAAUCUUUUGAUCAGGGGUGGUCAGAAUUUUUAGGAGGUCAAAAUUUAUAUAAUGAGUUGGUUAAAUAUUCUCAAUAUGUAUCUAUUAUACACAAUAAUAACUUAAAGAUUUAUCUUUUAUUAUUUGUUUUAUGAAUUAUUUUCUUGUUUUCAUUUUUUUUGAUUUUUU